AUGUCAGGCGAAAAGGACCCAAAGGACGUUAUUCGUAACUCAUUGUCUGACAGUGAAUCGGCAUCUGAAGUCCCGCAUAAAGUUCAGGCAGUCGUCUCGUAUAACCGCGAAGAUAUCGGCGAUGCAACGAACGUGCUCUCGACCAUACUGUCACCCUCUGGCAAAGAGGUAAAAGUAACAGGCGACGUUGAUGACGCCAUGCGUCUAGCGCUGAACUCUAAAAGCAUCGUCGUGACUCCAGAAGAAGAUGCUCGUCUAGUUCGCAAGAUCGAUCUGUAUAUGUUCCCACUCCUGUGUCUGCUGUACUCCAUCCAGUUCAUGGACAAGAUUUCCAACGGGUCGGCUGCCGUGAUGGGACUCCGUGAAGAUUUGAAAAUGCACGGCGACCAGUACUCGUGGGUCGGUUCGGCAUUCUACUUUGGCUACCUCUUUUUUAAUAUGGGUCCAGGUCAGUUCAUUUUCCAGAAAUCUAAGUGGCUUGCCAAAACGCUCGCUGUGUUUGUCGUGAUCUGGGGUAUGUUUCUGGCAUUGCACUCUGUUCCCUCGAUCACUUAUCCAACGUUCAUCCUUCUCCGUGUUUUACUCGGUUGUGCGGAGUCUAUGGUUACGCCCACCUUCACCAUAAUCACCUCUCAGUACUGGAAGAAAGAAGAACAGUUUAUGCGGGUCUGUCUGUGGUUUGGUUUCAACGGUCUUGGUGCCAUUUGGGCUAACUCUCUGGCUUAUGGUCUGUAUACCAGACAAGAUUCAUACUCCAUUGAAGCCUGGAGAAUUCUAUUUAUCGUUACCGGUUUGAUCACAAUCACGGUAGGCAUUGCUAUCUUCUUUCACAUCCCCGAUGACCCUUCCAAAGCGUGGUUCUUGUCAGAGCGGGAGAAAUUCAUGGUGGUUGAAAGAAUCAGAUCCAAUCACCAAGGUUUCGGUAAUCACAACAUUAAACACUACCAGAUAAAGGAGGCUUUUACCGAUGUUAGAACCUGGUUGUAUUUUGUCUUCUCUGUGGGUUCUAAUAUCCCCAAUGGUGGGCUAACCAAUUUCAUGAAUAUAUUGAUCAAGAACGAUUUUGGCUACAGCACUGCCCAGUCUUUACUGAUGACAAUGCCAACUGGUGCUGUUGAGCUGGUUGCAUGUCCACUAUUUGGCUACCUGUCUGUAGUGUGCGCACGAAAGAAGAUUCCAUUUUUGCAGUACAGGCUGGCCUGGGGUAUCAUCGCUGCGCUCAUUAGUGUUCUUGGUACGUGCAUGCUGGCCUUUGCUCACGAAUCCAAGAACACUAGACUUGCAGGUGCAUACUUGCUUUACGUUGCCCCUGUUUCUUUUAUCUGCGUGCUGUCGAUUAUCAGCUCUAACACGUUGGGUUACAGUAAGAAAUGGAGUGUUUCCUCCAUCAACUUGGUCUCUUACGCAGCUUCGAACUUGGCAGGUCCACAAACGUUUAUUCCCUCCCAAGCGCCUGGCUAUACGGGUGCCAAAAUCGCCAUGCUGGUAUGCUACGCUGGUACCGUAGUAGCUUUAUCCGUUUUGCUUCUCAUCAAUUUCAGAGAGAACAAGAGAAGAGACAGAAUCCAAGCCGAGAGAGGUCCCGAUGAGGUUGUCAUCGAGAACCUUGAAUUUGCCGAUUUGACCGACAAAGAAAACCCUAACUUCAGAUAUGCUCUUUAA